UUUCGAAAAAAGUUUUAGCACUGACAUUAUUAGAGUUAUUUCAUCAACAAGUGAAGCGACAAUUAUUGUCGAUUGAUAAUUAAUAUAAUUAUUAUAUUAAUGAUAUAAUAUUGUCCUGAUUUCAUAAUGUCGAUUGUUGUUCUAUUUACAAUCGUAUUUUUGGUUUCGUUUACACUUUCAAUACACGCUCAACUUUACCAGUCAAACUAUGGACAGUAUCAGGAUCAGGGAAUUCCAUUUAGAGAAAAUAGUGUUACAGGUAAUCGGCCUAUAUUGCGUGAGUACGAUUUUAUUGUGAUCGGAGCUGGUGCUGGAGGCUGUGUGGUGGCAAAUCGUUUAUCCGAACAACCAAACUGGUCAGUACUGUUAUUGGAAGCAGGACCGGAUGAGACUUUAUACACAGAUAUACCAGGAGCGACAGAACUACUGCAAAAAACAAAUUAUGACUGGGGCUACACCUCUGAACCCGUUAAAAACGGUUGUUUAGGUUAUAAGAAUAAGCGAUGUCCUUGGCCAAAAGGAAAAGGCAUGGGUGGAUCGUCUACAAUAAACGCAUUGCUCUACACGCGGGGAGUAAAGGAAGAUUAUGAUACAAUCGCGGCACAAGGAAACUCUGGUUGGGCUUACAAAGACGUAUUGCCAUAUUUUUUAAAGUCUGAAAACAAUUCUAUACCAGAAUAUCAAAACUCACCCUUUUCACAAAAAGGAAAUGUACACGUCGAACGAGCACCUUAUCGUUCACCAAUUGUUGACAUGUUUAUUGAAGCCGGAGUUGAGUUGGGAUUACAAAAAGAUAUCGAUUAUACAAUCAAUCAAGAAUAUGGCGGAAUAUCACGUUCUCAAAUUACAACAAUAAAUGGACGCCGAGUAAGUGCAUCGAAAGCCUAUAUACAUCCGGCUAAAGAUCGUCAAAACCUGCAUGUAGCAAUAUUCAGUCAAGUAACAAGAAUACUCAUUGAUCCAAAAACUAAAAAAACAUUAGGGGUGGAAUUUAUUAAAAAGGGACAAAUUAGAACAGUAUAUUCUAAAAAAGAAGUGAUUUUAUCUUCUGGGCCAAUAAAUUCACCACAAUUACUAAUGUUAUCAGGAAUUGGACCUAAAGAGCACUUAAAGCAUCAUGGUAUACGAGUUAUUCAAGAUUUACCAGUCGGACAGAAUUUACACGAACACUAUGGAUUAAUCGGUAUAAUUACAUUUUAUUAAACAUAUAUCCCUUUUUGAGUUUAAAAAUUGUUUAUUAAAAUAUUAAAUGAAUUGUA